UGUUGUAGACUCCAUUCACUCUUCAUUGAGGCAUAGUUUGAUGCUAUGGAGCUCCCAGCCAACAUACAGGAGGUACCUCAAGGGAAGAGGAGACCUACAAAGGCCCUCUCCAACCUUCCCUUCCUUCGCUACACCACUCUAACCUCCAUUAUUAUUGCCAUUGACUCUCUGCUCUCUAUUUCUCUAUGGAUUGCUGGUGGUGAUAGCUCUUAUAUGGAGAAUAACGUGGAGCACUUCUCUAUAUACGACUCUACCUUUGAUCUGGCCUGUAUAGCAGCUGUGAAAGGGCCUCUGCUGAUUGCUUGUGUUUAUUAUUUAGAACAAUACACAUUGACAGCAGCUUCUACUAUAAUAAGAUCUAAGGUUUCUUCCAGUCAGCGAUUAGCAAAAACCUGUCAAGUACUGUUCAUCUCACUGUCUCUAAUGUCGCUAGCUUAUGCCCUCACUAAAGGAACUCUGAUACUACUGAAGGACUCUGAACCAUCUCUUCACAUUACGUACAAGAUACUCUGUAUAGUGGGUGUGGUCAGCCCCACCCUAGAGAUAGUUCUGGGUCUUGCAAGUUUUUAUUUCAUGAGACGACUCAUACACGUUUCAAGACUGAGACUGAUACUGGAUGAGAAUGAGAAUGAAUCUGGAGAGCCUAAGAAAAAGAAAGCUGAUUUGAAACGACUCGUCAAACUUGCCAUACCUGAGUAUCCUCUUAUAUCUCUUGGGUUGGUAAUGCUCCUGAUUUCUAACUCCAUUCAAGGAAUUAUUCCUUAUAUAUUUGGAUAUGUUAUUGAUUUGGCUGUUAAGAACCAAACAUUAUGUCAAGAGAUUCAAGGUGGUGUCAUUAAUGUCACUGGCCCAGUACCACACUGCAGCUUAUGGUUGAUGAGUAGAGAGGUACUUGUUCUGGUUGGUUUGUUUCUUGUAGUGUCACUGGCUUCAAUGUUUAGAGCUAUCUGCUUUACAUUAGCUGGAGAGAGAUUUGUGGCAAGGAUAAGGAAAAACUUGUUUGCUGCUAUUAUGAGACAAGAAAUGGGAUUCUUUGAUACAAACAGGUAUACUGUACUUAAUAAUUGUCAACCAAAUUGCUUCCAUACAUGUACAUGUAUAUACCCUCACUAUAGGUGCAUGCCAUUGAUACAGCUAGUUUAUCAUGCAUGUGUUAAACUGGUGAUGCUGAAUUCUUACUCAAUUUUAUGCUCAUUUUGA